UUGAAUAUCUAGUACAAAUAAUAUUGUCCAAACAGUGCACUAGUCAUGUCUGUGACGGGAGACCUCCCCUUUUCCUUUUCUCCGUCUUGUUUGUCCCUACGGUGCUUCUCUAUUUUCUCGUAAAGAAAAUACCAAGUUGCUGUCGUCGAUCAAGUCAGUUGGGGAUUUCCUUUCUCUUGUCUUGUGUCAUGGAAAGCAUCGGCCCAUUGGCGGGCAGAGUGAGAAGCAAGUCAAAGCAAGCGUUGCUGUUGUGGCUCGAUGGCGUUAGAGAGGCUUGCUGUCUCCACCGUGUCAUCAUCUACUGUCUCAGGUCAAAACAGCUUGCCAUCCGUACGGGUCAAUGUUUUUUGUUGAAUGGAUUCAUCUUCUUAGGAAGUAUCUUUGUUCUGAAAUCAGUUAUCAUCCCUGCAUUGGAAUGGAUUUUACCUGGUCAUUGCCUACAAAUCAAUUUGCGAGAGUCAUGUUCAUUCAACAGUAUUUUGGAGUUCUAUCGAUUCUUGCGUGUUGGACUGGUACAACUUUUUUAUGUUUUCUGGUUCUACCCGUUGUAUAUAUUCAGCCUUAUUCUCAGCAAUAUCUGGUAAUAGCUUCCCUUACCUUUUCAGAUAUCUAUACAUAUAUACUAGAAAACUUCCAUCCAUACCUAGCAUGGGCCCAGUAAUUGGAUUUAGAAAGUUUUUGUUUGAUUAUAAAUAUAGUUUUGUUAAACAAUUUUUGGCUUUAUACUUCAAAUCUUAUACGGCAAAAGAACCAGUAAUAUUUUUGCCUCUUUUUUUCCUACUUCUAUUUUCAGAUUCCUCUUCCUCAUUUUUAUUUGUUCAUCCUGACUUUAAUAUGCCUUACUGUCUUUCCUUUUUAUUUCGUUCAUAUUUCUUUUGCGUUUUAUUUUCAACUUCUCUAUUUUAUUUUUCGAAAUAAGGUGUGAGAGUUUGGUUGUCGAGGGGUGAUUUACGACAUGGUGCAACUUCAGCUCACCGAAUUAGGCCUAUUUGAUGUUGAUUCAAUGGCCUAUAUAUAUAUAUAAGUUGUGGAGGACAUGUAUUAGGGACCCAAGUUUGGGGUAGAAGUGUGUUAUCUUGUUGUGUUAGUAGGUAGCAGUGUGUUAUCUUGUUAUCUGUCCAUACUAGUAGCUGUAGUAUUAUUCCCCUCGUUUGGGACUGCUUUGGACUACUUUUCCUUGAACUGAGGGUCUCUAGGAAAUAGCCUCUCUACCUUUUUAGGUAGGUGUAAGGUGGUAUGAGAUUUACAUUCUACUUUCCCAGACCCAACUUUAUGAGAUCUACUAGGUAUGUUGUUAAGUUUAGAAGGAUUCUCCAAAUUUUCAGUGUUAUUCUAAUUAAGUACUGCAUUGGGUCAACUCAUUUAAUGGAUAAGUUGUACUUAUAGUCUGAAAUUUUUCUGUACUUUUAGUGUCUAUAAUGGUUUUCUGGUUAUUUGAAAUUAUAGUGUUGUCUCUAAAUUAAGCCUGUUUAAUCAAUAUGUUUAAUUCAAUGACCCUGAUAUAUAGUCUUGUCACAGUUUAGAAGGAUUCUCCAAAUUUUCCGUGUCUUGUGUUUUUCCAAAUAAAGAGUGCACUAUGUCAGUUCAUUUAGUUUUAAGAGAAUUACUGUCUGUUUUCUUGUUGCUUUAAUUGUUAACUAAAUAUUCUAGUUUAGUGUAGUAGCAUAUCUUGAGCCGGGGGUCUAUCGGAAACAACCUCUCUACUUCUUCGAGGUAGUGGUAUGGACUGCGUACAUUUUACCCUCCCCAGACCCCACUAUGUGGGAAUGUACUGGGUUUGUUGUUGUUGUUGUAUUUUAUUUUUCGAAAAUUACUAUAUCCAUUCAUUUCCCCAACAGAAUUCUACAAUAAAACAAUAGCCAUUCACUUCCCAACAGAAUUCUUCAAUGAAACUAUCUUAGAUUUGCAUCAUUAUAUAGUUAAAAGGUAAAAUAGCACAUUUUAAUAGACCAUGAUUAAGUGCUGCUGAAAAAAAUUUAAAUUUACGACUGCCGAAGAUACAAAAAAGUUCAAAAGUUCUUUCUCCCAGGCACUAAUCCCAAUGUAAUUUAUAAAAAAACCCUUUUCAAUCCACAACCUCACUGGUGGUCCUUUUGAUCACCAGAAUACCUCUUUUACUUCCUUCUUCUCUCAAUCCUUCCUCACCAUAGCUACCAUCACCCACUUGUGACCCAAUCCCAGAAAACCCGCCAACGGAAACUCUCCCACGUGCCCGUACACACCACCCAAAUUCCCCUGUCACGCGUGACACCCUUCAGUCAGUUUUUCAACUUAUCCAGCUUCAAAAACACUAUUUUUCUGGCUACUUCCAACAGAAUCAGACCUUUAUUUCAAGUCAACAGUAAUCAUCCACUGUGUUUAUUGAUAAAUCACUCACUGCUAGGAUGGAGGAAAAUAGAAUCUAUUUCAAUGCAGGGUUCAAAUCAUUCGAUAUCACUCGAUGGGGAAAUGAAGUAAUUGAAUGCUACGAAUGGGUAGAGAGAAGCAGAAAGAUGAUGCACAGAUCUUCCAUGAGUAGGAAGGUUAUGGAGGGGAUAUGCUUCUGUCUGAGAGAAGCAUCAAAAGAGAAAAAGGAGACCAGCAGAUGGUAAUUGGCAGAUCAAGACUCAGAACACAUUUGUACAAGGAAACACAAUGAAUAUGGGAGAUUUUUAAGUAUUAUAUCUUUAUAUAGAGGGGGAAGGACAGGCUUAAUAAUACCAAAGCUAGCUUUGAAUGCUGGGUGGUUAGAUAUUGCUUUCAAGAUUGACAGGUUCAUUAGAUGCCAGUGGGAGAAGGUGCAAAUACCUAGCACAAGGGCAUCUACAGAUUACCCUUAUACUAGGGCUAUUCAAGAAAGCAAAUGGGAAUCGAGGAACCUAUGUGAGGUGGAGAUCAAAAGCAAGAAAGGAACUGUUGAGGCUCAGGAUGAAGUGGAUGUUCAGGAAGAGAGUCUGCUAAGGAGAUGCCUAGUUGGUUAUUGCAGCAAGAAGAUCAAAGAAAGGCCAACUUUAGCCGAUAUUAGAAGAUGGACCCCAACAAACUGGAAGAAAGCCUUUGGUAUAAAUAUUUAUGAGUUGAAUGAUGACAUGUUUCUGUUUGAGUUCCCUAAUAGAAACAUGGCAGAACAGACUAUUCAAGGCCAGUGGAAAUGGAAGGGUAGCAGAUUUCUCCUUGAAUGGUGGAAGCCAACAUCCGGGUGUGCCCCUGUAUUUGCAAAUACCAAGGAGACCUGGAUUAGAGUAGUGGGUUCCUCUUCAUCUCUGGUCAAACAAGAUUUUCCAAGAGAUAGGAGGAAUCUGUGGGGUUGGGUGGCGACGGAGGAAGAAACAGAGCUUAAGAAUCAUAUGAAAUGGGCUGGGAUUCUGGUUGCAAAUGGUGUUAGUAGUAUCCUAAGAGAAGUGGCUAUAUCAUGAAAUGACAUCAUAUUUCAUCUUCAAAUAUGGCCGGAAUGCUUGCCUAUAUUUGAAUUCUUGCCGAAAAGUGACGUCGGAAAAGGAGAGGAAAAUUAUUCGGUCCAUAACUUUACCCAAAAGUUCUUCGAGGUGCUUGUCCGUGAUGUUGCAAGAGAAUCCAGGAAUUUAGGGAUUUUCUAGUCUCCAACACGUGGUUUGAACUGAGAGAAAUGUGUCUUUACCAUGUGCGGGGCACGUGAAUCGCUUAAGUGAGAAUGUUAGAAUGGACCUGGAUAUUGGGCCUAACAUAAAGACCAAAUGCCCAGAUCAAGCAGGUCAAGUGAUUGAAAAUAAUUUCCAAGGUGAAAUAAGAAGUUUCUCAGAAAACCAGAGCACGGUAAUUCAUUUGAAGACAUAGAAGCGCAGAUGACUAUGCAUGGUGAAGCUCCAUUUUCUGAAAUAGUGAGGAAGACAACACAAUUAAGGGAAGAGAUGGGGUUGUCGAUAACAAACGAAGAGGAAGAACAACAGUUGAAGCAGUUGAAGCAGGCAUGUCGACCAUGAGAAGCCUGCUUCAGCUGCUUAUUGUGACUUCUUAUAUAGGAUACUAAUAAUAUAAUUUGUGUCAUAUAAAUUGAGAUAAAAAAAAUAACAUAUAUUAGGCUAGUAUCUAUAUAUAUAUACAAGAGAGAAACAAAGAGAGAGAAGAAGAUGAAUCCAUUCAACAAAAAACAUUGACCCGUACGGAUGGCAAGCUGUUUUGACCUUUAAAUAAGCAUAACAAAAUCAAAAUUGGAAGGAGAAAGGGUAAAACAAAUAAAUAUGAUUUGAGUGAUUGAUAAGGGAACCUGAGACAGU